CGCGCUCUAUGCUUCGCAUUCAGAUUCUUUUUCUCUGUCUUCGCGUUCGGUUCAGCUGUAGGAAUAAACGGUAAACGGAAUCGCGUUCAAGCAAAGUCCCCGAGAUCGAUCCCAUUCGUUCUUCUCCGACUCGAAUAAUAAUAAAAUAAUCACAUGAAAAGAAAUCCUCAUUCGGUUAAAUCAUAAGAAUAACGUGUUAAAGAAAAUUAAUGAAAUUGUGAAAUAAAUGAAAUCAGAGAACAAUCAACGAAAUAAAAGAAUCUCUCAAGAGUAAACAGUUUUCAUUUCAAAAGAAUAAACAAAUCUACAGAGCAACAUUCUCUCACUCGAUUGCUCUCUCUCUCUCUCACAUACACCCCCACAAACUCACACACACAUAUAACCAACAAACACAGCAACAUAAUGAGUGUUUGUGAGAGCAAAGCCGUUGUGCAACAGCAACUGCAACAGCAAUUGCAGCAACAAGCAGCCGCUGCUGCCGCCGUCGCAGCCGCUGCCGCCGUACAGCAGCAACAACAACAGCAACAACAGCAGCAGCAGCAGCAGCAACAACAGCCCCCGCAAGUGGUGGUGCCCCAGCCCCAUCUGACGCCCCAACAACAGCAACAGAGCACACAGAGCAUCGCCGAUUAUUUGGCCCAAUUGCUGAAGGAUCGCAAGCAGUUGGCGGCAUUCCCGAAUGUCUUUACGCAUGUGGAGCGACUUUUGGAUGAAGAAAUUGCACGCGUGCGCGCCUCGCUCUUCCAGAUCAAUGGGGUCAAGAAGGAGCCGCUGACACUGCCCGAGCCCGAGGGCGCUGUCGUGACGAUGAACGAGAAGGUUUACGUGCCAGUUCGUGAACAUCCAGAUUUCAACUUUGUCGGUCGCAUUCUGGGACCACGCGGCAUGACAGCCAAACAAUUGGAGCAGGAGACCGGCUGCAAGAUCAUGGUCCGCGGCAAGGGCUCCAUGCGCGACAAGAAGAAGGAGGAUGCCAAUCGUGGCAAGCCCAAUUGGGAGCACUUGUCCGAUGACCUGCAUGUCCUGAUCACCGUCGAGGACACCGAGAACCGUGCCAAGGUCAAGCUGGCCCAGGCUGUGGGCGAGGUUCAAAAGCUGCUUGUGCCGCAAGCCGAAGGCGAAGACGAGCUCAAGAAACGCCAACUAAUGGAAUUGGCCAUAAUAAAUGGCACCUAUAGGGACACAACAGCGAAAUCUGUCGCAGCUUUCUCAUGCGUUGGCUCUCCCUCUGCUUCUGUUCUGUAUCCCGCAGUGUGCGAAGAGGACUGGCGUCGUCUGGUGGCUGCUUCCGACAAUCGCCUGCUGACGCCCGCCGGCCUGCCCGCCGGACUGGCCGCACAGAUACGUGCCCCCUCGUCGGCGCCGCUCGGCGCCCCAUUGAUACUGAAUCCCAGGAUGUCCGUGCCCACAACGGCGGCCAGCAUACUGUCGCAGGCACCGACUGGGGCCUUCGAUCAGAGCGGCCAUCAAAUGAUCUUUGCGCCGUAUGCGGAUUAUGCGAACUAUGCGGCACUCGCUGGCAAUCCUCUGCUCACGGAAUAUGCUGAUCAUAGCGUUGGUCGAUAUAUGCAUGCCGGCUCCGUCUUUUGAACUUCUAUCCCCACUCUCUAUUAUUUUUCCCCCUGAGUAAAAUAUACAGAAAAAUACAGAAACUCCAAACUCCAACUCCAAUCCACAAUCCAAUUUAAACCAGAAAAUUGUUAGCUUAAAGUUUUUUUUAGUUGCAGUCACAAACAAUUGACAUGCAAAUUAAUGUAUUUAGACACGAAAAGAGAGUAUACAAGCGGCACAACAAGAACAACAACCACAACAAAUACUCAAUGAAAAGAAAUAUGGAAGAAAGAGAGUGACAAUGAAUUGGGGUUUUUCUCUCCUAUUCUAUAGUUAGUCGAUAGGUCGCGAACUUGGCGAAAAUAAGUGAUUUUUAGGCCCUUUAAUCGUAGUCCUCCUUAAUCGAAAAGGACUCUUAGUUAUCCCCCAAUAUGUUUUUUUGAUAUGAGUAUAUUCUAGUUGAGAACAGCAGCCACAGCAGCAGCAGCCACAGGCAGAGACAGUUGUUGAUUCUCAUUCAUUUUGGAGCCCUUGAGUAUUUUUUUUCCUCUUCAAAUUUUUGGUAGAGAGUGACAGGCAAAGAACUUUCAACCAAGUUGGCAGAGUUGCAAAAAUCUAUUAAAUAUUAUUAUAAGCAUUUUCUUUGUACGAUUUAAGUACAUUUUGUGGUUUAAGGGUCGUGUCGUAAGUGCAAUUUUUAGACUAGUAUUUUGUUUUAUUUUUGUAUUUAAUUGUUUGCAUAGUUAUUAGCGAUGGUUUAAUGAUGGGGCGGGACAGUAUUUAUGCACAAAUGUACCUUACGUUAGAAGAAGAACCGUUUCAAUUUUUCCAGCCAGUGCCAUUUGUCGGAACACGAAUACGAAAAUCAGAAUUGCAGCAGAGCCUUUAAGUAUGCAAAAUGUAUCUUAAUCUAUUUGGUAGUAAGAAAAGGAGCCUUGAAUCAAGUUGGUGCUUAAUUUAGAAUCUAAGUUUUAGUCGAGGCAGGCCGUCCAGGAUCACAGCAAACAGAAAUAGAGACAGGAGCAGCAAUUACAAAUCAAUCGCCAGGAAUUGAAUGCACAACUAGUCAGCAAAUCGAGCAGAAGAACAAUAUAUCAAAUCAAUAUACAUACGACUACUACACAAACAAACAAAACCCAUAUAUAUAUUUCUAGAUUUAAUCAAAAGAAGGAGGGAAACCAUACACAGCAAAAACAUAUAUUAUUUCUAGAAUUAAACACACAUAGCCUUAGGCUAAAAGCGGCUUGAAAAUCACUUAUUUUGUGUCCAACAAUUAAAAACAAAAACAAAAACCAUUAUCAAAACUACACACAAACAUAUGAACGACUCAUUCCAAAGAAGCAGAGAAUUUAAAUGUUACAAAAAAAGGAGAUGAUUUCCCCCCCACCCCCCAAAAAAAAAUUGGCACAAAAAAGAAAAGAGAAAGUGUGAAAUGAACUCGAAAAUGAGCAAGCAUAUGCAAUAUAUUAUUUAUUAGUUGUAAGUUUUAUGCUACAUAUUUAGCGAAUAUGUUUACGUCUACAAUAUUUGAUGCCUAUAUAAUGCAUACACACAUACAUAUAUAUAUAUCUAUCUGUAUCCGUAUUCUGUAUCUGUAUCUGUAUCUACAUGUAUCGUAUCGUAUAUUUUAUUAGGCGCCAUUAAGCAGCAGCGUCGUUUGGCGGCUAACAGAGAGCACCCCUAUCAGCGCGCAACAGUCGGUGUGCCAGCCAAGCCGGCGGGUUUCAUUGAGAUACAGUAAAAAAAACCCGCAGAAAAACAGCAAGAAAAACAACAAAAAACUAUAGAAUUUUGUUUCGUUUCUGAGCGAAACUUUAACCACAAAAAAUCAUAAAUAUCCCUCCCGAAAACAAAGAAGAAAAAGAAAGAAAUAUAAAUUAAAAAGAGAAAUACAUAAAUCAUACGAAAUAUAUUCGUAUUUGGUGGUUGUUGGGCCCAGAUCGUAUCUUUUGUAACCCAUCAACCACACACAAUUUAGAUCAAUUAUCGUAGCAAUUUGCUGUACUUGUAACCACAUAUCGAGAUGCCACUGUAGCCAAUGAAACGCCGCCGGAGCUGCCGCCGCUCUGCCCUGAUCGGUCGUCACUCGUACCCAAAAAAAAAAGCAAUUGUCAAGUGGCACCGCGCCUCCACAGAUGAGCACAGAAGCAGAGCCACGCCAUCGGAAAAAAGCCAAUCGGAAUGCAGCAGCAGCAGCAGCAGAGCAAUAUGUGUGUGUGUGUGGCAUAUGUGUUUGGGCCAGGCUAACACUCCAGUAACUCCAGCACUAAAAUCUGCAUCCUGAAGCUCUGGCGCCGCCUGUUUCGCUCACUACUCGGCAAUCUCUUCACUCACUUUGCAACAAAAAAAUAGCAGCGGCAGCAGCAUAAGCAGCAGUAGAAACAAAAACAAAAACAGUAUAUAUUGAAUCUUGUGGCCAUUAAACUGUUAACAACAACAAAACCAACAUGUAAGAAGAAACAAUCGAUAAGAGAAUCGAACAUAGAUUUUAGUAUAGUUAACCUACAAAACAAAACAAAACAAAACAAAA